ACUCAAGCGCAAAAGACACACGGCUCAUCCGCUCGCCUCCCUAUUGACGUCAGUCCGGUAUCACAUGAACGAGCGGGGACCAAUCGGCGCGCCGCUGCCGGAGAGAGCUGGCUCCUUCACACCAAGGCGAGAGGAAAAGACCGAAUAAAAGGAAACCGAGCCAGUGCGCCCGGAACGACCGCAAAAAAACCCCACGGAGGAGUCGACGGGCGCCGCCGCUGGACCCCUACCCGGUUUUCUGCCGGUUCCCGGUGGCCCCAGGCUGUGGAUUACUGCGUUUGGCACCGGAGCGGAUCAGGCCAUGGCCCUGACAGAUUGAGUAGCUCGUCGGUCGGCGGUGUUGGUGCUGGUGGCGGCGGCGGAGGGGGGGAGGAAGGAAGGCGCACCGAGGAGACAAUUCACGGGGAAAAUGGUGGAUUAUUGUGGCACGAAAAGCGCGUCGGUGCUGGAUUACUGAGCCGCGGCUCGUCGCGUCGGUAGGUGGGUCGGUAGGUUCCCCCUCCAGUUCGACCUUUCUGCUCUCUCUCUUUUUUUUAAACAUACAUGUCGGAUUGUGGUGCCUGCGCUCCGUGAGCUUUUGGAAACAAGGAACUGUUGGAUUACCGAGCGAUGGAUUUUAACGGCGGCAGCGGCAACGGCGGCGGCGGCAACGAGCUCCACAACAACCAGUUCUACCAGUGCGAGGAGAGCAAGCCGCUGCUGGGGGAGAUGUCGGAGGGCAACAACAACACCAAGCUGGGCGCGGGGCCGUGCAAGAGGAGCCUCCACCACUGCAGCAGCAGCGGGAUGCGCUACAAGCUGCUGCACGAGGGCGACAUCCAGGUGUGCGUGGUCAAACACCCACGCACCUUCCUCAGCAAGAUCCUCACCUCCAAGUUUCUGCGGAGAUGGGAGCCGCACCACCUGACGCUCACCGACAGCAGCCUGACCUCCGCCACCCCCACCGGCUACAUGGAGACGUCGCUGUCCUACAGCUCCAUAGAGGAUCUGCAGCUCCUCUCCUGGGACAACGCUCCCAAAUACUGUGUCCAGCUCAGCUUCCCUGGAGGAACCGUCCUGCUGCAGGCUGCAAACAGCUACCUGAGGGACCAGUGGUUUCACUCCCUGCAGUGGAAGAAAAAGAUCUACAAGUACCGCAAGGUUCUGAACAACCCGAGUCGCUGGGACGUGGUGCUGAAGGAGAUCCGGGCGCUGGUGGACAUGGCUCUGACCUCACCGCUGCAGGACGAGUCCAUCCACCAGGCGCCGCUGCACAUCAUCUCCACCCUGCUGGCCGAGAACUCUAAUCUGAGCACUCAGGAUCAUGAGAACAUCAUCGUGGCCAUCGCUCCUCUCCUGGAAAACAACCACCCACCGCCUGACCUGUGUGAGUUCUUCUGUAAGCACUGUCGGGAGCGGCCGCGGUCCAUGGUGGUGAUCGAAGUGUUCACUCCUGUGGUCCAGAGAAUCCUUAAACACAACAUGGAUUUCGGGAAGUGUCCUCGGCUGCGUCUCUUCACUCAGGAGUACAUCCUGGCUCUGAACGAGCUCAACGCCGGCAUGGAGGUGGUCAAGAAGUUUGUCCACAGCAUGCAUGGACCGACGGGUCAGUGUCCUCACCCUCGAGUCCUGCCAAACCUGGUGGCCGUGUGUUUGGCUGCCAUUUACUCCUGUUACGAGGAGUUCAUCAACAGUCGGGACAACUCUCCCAGUCUGAAGGAGAUCAGGAACGGCUGCCAGCAGCAGAACGACCGCAAGCCUCCGAUGCCGCUGCGCCUGCUGCGCCCGGAGCCUCCGACGCCGCCUCCCGCCACCCUGCUGCCGCUGUCCACCGCCCCCAGCCCUCCUCAGCCGCCCUCCAACCCCUCCAACCCGCCCGCCGCCCCGUCCAUCCCCAUCUCCUCCCCGGCGCCCUCCCUGCCGCUCUCCCCUCCGCCAUCCGUCGUCAACUCCAGCGAGAUCCUGGUGGAGCUGGAGCGCAACAACAACUCGGCCAAUGCCAAGAGGAAGGGCGGCCCGGCGGGCGGCGACAGCGAGCCCAACCUCAUCGACUGUCUGCUGGUCAGUCCGGCCGUCAACACGCUGUCCAUCCAGCUGCCAGCGCAGGCCGACCGGGUGCUGGGCUGCUUCGCCCUCAUCCUCAAGAUGCUGUCGGACUACGACGACUGGAGACCCGCUCUGGCCAGUCUGCUGCAGCCCAUCCCCUUCCCUAAAGAAGCUCUUGCACACGCCAAAUUCACAAAGGAGCUGAAAUAUGUCAUCCAGAGGUUUGCGGAGGACCCGAGGCAGGAGGUGCACUCCUGCCUGCUCAGCGUGCGUUCAGGUAAAGACGGCUGGUUCCAGCUCUACAGUCCAGGGGGCGUGGCCUGUGAUGACGACGGCGAGCUGUUUGCCAGCAUGGUUCACAUCCUGAUGGGUUCCUGCUACAAGACCAAGAAGUUCCUCCUGAGUCUGGCUGAGAACAAGCUGGGCCCCUGCAUGCUGCUGGCCCUGAGGGGGAACCAGACCAUGGUGGAGAUCCUGUGUCUGAUGCUGGAGUACAACAUCAUCGAGAACAAAGACACCCAGCUGCAGAUCAUCUCCACCCUGGAGAGCACCCAGGUGGGCCUUCGCAUGUACGAGCAGCUCUGCGACCGGCAGCGAGAGCUCAAAGAACUGCAAAGAAAAGGAGGCCCGACACGACUCACUCUGCCCUCCAAGUCCACGGAUGCCGACCUGGCCCGCCUGCUGAGCUCAGGUUCUUUCGGGAACCUGGAGAACCUGAGCCUGGCCUUCACCAACGUCACCAGUGCCUGUGCUGAGCAGCUCAUCAAGCUGCCUUCACUCAAACAGCUCAACCUCUGGUCCACACAGUUUGGAGAUGCAGGCCUGAGGUUGUUAUCUGAGCAUCUGGCCUGUCUUCAGGUCCUCAACCUGUGUGAGACUCCGGUCACCGAUGCCGGGCUGCUGGCUCUCAGUUCCAUGAAGAGUCUCUGCAGUCUGAACAUGAACAGCACCAAACUGACCGCCGACACAUACGAGGACCUCAAGGCCAAACUGCCAACCUGAAGGACGGGGACGUUCGGUACACGGAGGCCUGGUGAUCCGCCGUCCUCCCUCAUCUUCAUACGUGGCCAGACACACACACACACACACACACACACACACACACACACACACACACACACACACACACACACGACAACCAUCUCCACCGAUCUUUGAACCAGGAGGACGUCCGACACGCUGGAGGAGGAGGAGGAGGAGCCUUCAUCAGCUUCAUCCAUGUCACUUUGUGGACCUCGUGGCUCCCUGUAGUUCUGUCUGGCCGACGCUCGGACUUGGUUUCACUGAGAACACCAGAGGACAUUCAGGACGCCCGUCUCUCUGCGUCUGUCCUCUGCCGAUCUUUCACACCCGGCCUCCCUCGGCGCUCCUCCUGAACCUCCUGGACCUCCUGAAUCGAUCCCGUCCCUCCAGCAGCAGCUCACAUUCCGGUUCUGAUCCGAUCCUCCAUGUAGCUCCGAGUCGAACUGUCCAAGUCCUCGCUCCGCCUCUCCGUCUCUCUCUGCCGUCAGAUUCGAGUCUUUCAUUGGGAAAAAUGAGGUGCUACCUCAGAGAAAAGAAGACUGUGCCUACUCCUCGUAUACGACACACACAAACACAAGGAAACGCUUUUUAUCAACUUGAAUUAACAUAUUUUUCCAGACAUCUGUGCUUUCAUAUAUUGUGUGUUUCUAUAUGUGUGAGAAAAAACAGACCAGGCCCCAGUGACGACGCUUCAGGAGCUCUGCAGGAAAGUCGACCCGCUGCCCUUCUCGUCUGCUUCGGUGUACAUACUGACGCCCCCCGUGCUGUUUAACAGACCGUUGUGUAGCAGUAGCCCGGGUGGUCUGGGACUGCCUCAUAUUUAUACGCUGUGUCUCUGAACCUCCUGGAUUUUGCCCCGAGUCCUUCUGUUCUGGGUCGAGGGCGGCCGCUCGUGGACCCGUGGAGAGGAGACGCAUCACCAGCUGAGAGUUGUAUAUUUUCAUAUCCUCCGCUAUUUUUCUGGGACGAUGACGGAGAAAGACGCUCGCCAAACAUCUUCUGUUCUGUUUGGGCCCCCGCCCUGUGGACAAACGCCGUCCGGUCCCGUUUGAAGGUCGCAGUGCCUCUUGGUGGACGAGCUGCUGAUUUCUACCGCCCGUUUCAACCGUCCUGCUGUAUUUAUACGACGCCCAUGACGCACGGGGGACGUUUGUGGGCCUCGUCGCAGGAUGGGACUGAAUUAUUGUACAUAAAGCGAUCACAUAAGGGACAUUGGAAGCCUCUGAUUGGCCCGCCGUCUUACAUUCCCUCGAAAUGUCGCCUGUUUGUUGUGUUUCAUACGAUGUGGAAACUAACCGCCCUGACACACUGCAUCUCUGUCCAACGUGUGGGUUCGGGUGGAUUUGUCUUUUUAAAUGGAACAAAAAAAAGAUAAAAGAAAAAAAAGGAGAAACAACUGCAUCCAUCCGUUUUAUUUAUUGGACUGCAGAAUGCUGUUUGCCGGAUCAGAGGACAGGACGCCGUCCGCCACCAGGCGCUUCGUUCUAUUUAUUGGGUGCCAUGACAGCUUUGUGUUGGGGCCUGUCGGUUUGUGUUGGGCCGUCACGUUGGGGUCUAGCGUUUAGGACAUCGUGCUCUUUCAUAUCCUGUAUGAUGUACAUACCAGUGUAUAUAGUCCGUCUUCUACCUUCCUCUCUUUUUCAAUCCUCCCCUCUUCCUCUUCUUCUUCAUCCUCCUCUCGGCCUCCUCUUAUCGGCAGGCUGCUGUUGCCUUCAUCUUAACGUGUGUGUGGUGUUUUGUUUAUUUUUUUUCACACAAAGUGCACUGUAAUCUAAAAAAAUGUUUUCAACGCAUCUUAUCUUUUAAGUUUCUUCGUUUUGAUCACUUUAAUCAUUUGUUCUCGGUUUUUUUAUUUUGCACGUACGUGUCGCUGCGUCGUCUGAUGUUUUUUGUUUU